AAGCUAUCGUCCUACGGAUAAAUGAAGACGGUGCUAGAGCUUUAGGCAACCUUACCGCUACAUAUAAACAAUAUCCUCCAAGACCUCCUCUACAGUAUGCCUACAUGAAUUAUACUUACUCAAAUUAUGCCAAUCAAUACGUAUCGAUUGUAGAUGGAAAUAUUUGGUUCAUGGUGUUUGAAGCUUUCCUUACCGUCUUAUGUUUCUCUGCGAUAUAUUUUCAAAAUACCAUAGAGAGUUUUAAAUGGAUAAAUCGUAUCAACUAUCAAAUUGAACUUGAUUUCCCCGAAAUUUCUCCACCUGUUCCUAAAUUGCCAAUGACUGUACUAUAUGCCGAAUAUGUUCAACUUGCUUUUCUGUCUUUAUUCGUUACUGCUGCAAUAUUCCUUGGUUACAAAUUAUAUGGUGAAUUCGGGUGGAACAUUUAUAAAAAGAUUGGUGCUGGCAUUCAUACUCAAUUGGAUAUAUUCCUCUUGAUGGGUUUCCAAAUUCUUAAUUUGGUAUUCUUGUUCGCCGAUGCUGCUCACAAUACGCAUACAAUAAUUAUCCAAAGCGUUUUUAUUGUUAUUGUUAUACCAACGUUAGGAUUGGGAGUGUGGGGUGUGCGAACUGAAAAUAAGACUGCGAUAAUCAUUUUUGCACUUUUUUCUGUGGCCACAAUAGCUAAUUUCCUAUACAUAUUGGCCACAUUUAUCAUCCAGCGUGAUGAAAUCCAAAAAAAGCAGUAUGAAGGAAUUGGUAACCCAGAAGAUAGACGAUUUGCAAUUGAUGAUUAA